AUGCAGACGGCGCAGUCCAGCGUCGGUGCACUCGCCACUCGCUCUGCAGCGUGCAUCAGCUUAGCUGCGGCGGUCGCCUCUCUGCGUCCAGUAGACGCGGGCGGCGCGGUGGUCGCGAUCGUGGGGAUUUCGCGUUGGGAUGCAGAAUAUAUGCAAUGCACAUCGAGAAGUCUGGAGACACCGUCACCUCAACCACCUCCAAGACGACAUGCGCAAGUCAUGGCGACUCCCAGCCCAAGAUUCCUCCACGUUUGGCGGGACGACGGCCUGCGCUCGGCUCUUCUCGCUCAAUUGGAUACAGCAUCAAUAUGUGCCCUGCGUCUCACAUCCUCCGAAUUCUGUGAUCUCACGACCGCGGACUUAUUCGCUCGAACCCGCCUGACCUUCACACCAAGUGCUCUCACGAGACCCUCGCGCGUCGAGGCAUUGUCUCGAGUAGGUCCUUAUAUCAAACAUCUCACAUUCUCUAUGCCGCAUACCCUAGAGACCUUUCUGCCGCCUCUUCUGAACCCACUUAAUGGCCAUGAGGUCAACUUUUUAUAUACGCCUCACACGACCGUGGCGUCCGUCAUCCAGCGUCCUAAAUAUGGAUGCCCACAGCUGGGAGAUCUGCUGACGCAACAAUAUCCCCCUAUAUUCCACGCCGCGACUAAUGUACCAGCAUUCAUAAAUGCUCUGACGCACAUGCCUAAUAUUCGGCAUCUCACUAUCUCCUGUCCUGACCAAGACCCUGCCAUGAGGUACCGACGGGAUUGUGUCGACUAUGCGCUUAUAAGCCUACGCAUUGCAAUUGAGCGAGCGCCACUUAUUCGCCUGGAGAAGCUCUCUCUAAGUCAUAUCCCUCCAUCAGCUCUCCAAUAUUUCCGACAUACUCCAGGCUAUGGGUGCACGCCCUCUGCUGGUCGCCGGUGGAAGCAGAUUCGGAAGCUCAACAUCGUCAUGGACUCAUGGGACUUCCUCGGUCUCCGGCCUGGCCUCGAUCAUCUCAAGAUCCUCGAUGAUUAUAUCCGGAAUUUCUCGCCCAACCUCGAGAAGAUCAGUUUCGGGUGGAACGGCAGGAAAGGACCCUGUCCUCUCACGCUAUUCACUGAUCCGCUGUUUGCUCCUCCGAGGAAAACAGCAAAGCUGUUCGGGGAGGUGACAUCGCCCAUGUCUCCGCUGCCCGCGGCGCCUCAACGGCCAGCGAUGAACUUUCCAAAACUCCGGUACAUGCAAGUUCGCAAUGCGACCAUGUCGGCGGAGCAAGUUUCGGAGUUCGUGCUUAAACAUCGGCAUACAGUCAAGGAAUUUGACUUUGAGAGCGUGUAUUUGAUUAAUGGGGGGACGUGGGAAGAUGCGCUUGCGCCGUUGGCGAGGAUCAGUGGACACGAUGAAUGGCUAUCGCAGCAAAGCGGUUCAGAUGUCUCUCAAAGCCAGGAUGACUUAGAUCUGUUUGAGGAGCCAGAGGAAGUCAUUGAUACAAUGCCUGGGAUGCUUCCUCAUUAUGAUCCGCCAGUGGAGGCGGAGACGUCUUCAGUGCAUGUAAAGAAGCUCAAGAAACGAGUGCGCAGGCGGAGACGCAAGAACAGGGAACACAAAGACCAGGGGCCAGAAAAACUAGUAAUAUCUGGACCGAUACGUAUUUCGGAUCCAGUGGCAGAUGUCUUGCAGCCUACCACGUUUAAUCCCAAUGUGCAAGGGGUUCAAAGAAAUAUAGAGCUGGAAGCAGCGCAACAAGAGCUUGCCGAUGAUCCUGAAAGGAGAGUGUCGACGCUGAAGAAGGCGAGAGAGGCGGUGUUGAAGCAACUCGGAAAGGAGUUUUGUAAGAGUCAGGACAGGAAGGACCAUAUGAAAGGCUUCUGGAAGAAUACCUGCUCGCCGGCCUGGAAGAGCAAAGCAAUGCUAGGACACGAGAGCCAGACUGCUUUAGUACCUUUAAUGUUCAACCGGUGCUAA